AUGAAGUUCUAUUGCAGUUACUUCAUGCUCGCAUGGAUCAUUUGUAAGUGCUGUUGUACAACAACGAAAUACUACACAUUUGAGGAAGACGCCCCUGGUACAGAGAUUGGAAACCUUUCUCGGGACUUGAAAAUAGACCCGGCUGAAGAUCCUGAGACAUCAUUCAAAUAUAUGCAGAAGACAAACUCUGUAAUUCUCAUGAGGAAAACUGACGGGCUUUUAACCGUUGGAGAAACUAUUGACCGCGAACAACUGUGCCACCGCUCUCCGCAGUGUCUCAUAAGUUUUGACAUUGUCGCAUUUUCCAAGGAGAAGUUUCAGCUUAUUCACGUUGAAAUUGAGGUGAAAGAUCUUAAUGACCAUUCGCCUCAGUUUAUACGCAAAGAAUCACACUUGGAUCUAUUAGAGGACACUCCUUUGAACUCACGAUUUCAAUUGGACAUCGCCGUGGACCACGAUGUCGGAGAUAACUACAUUCAAAGUUACCAUAUUUCGCACACAAGUCAAUUUGCCGUUGAAGUAGGCACUCAAGAAGAUGGAGUCAAGUCUGCUGAACUUGUGUUGAUCAAAACGCUUGACCGGGAGACUGAAGAGUUUUACACGAUUGAGGUGACGGCAACAGAUGGUGGGACGCCGCCAAAAUCCGGGACGACGACCGUUAACGUUCGAGUGCUGGACUCUAACGAUAACAGUCCGACUUUUGAACACAGCUCACCUAAAGUCGAACUCAAAGAAGAUUCGCCGAUUGGUUCCCGUGUGCUGAAAGUUCACGCUGAUCCCGAUGCUGGCAUUAACGGUGAAGUUGUCUAUGGAUUUGUUGAGGGCUCCCCGACUGAGGUCACGCGUGUUUUUCAGAUCGACCUCAUCUCAGGUGAAGUGACCCUCAAAGACUUUGUAGACUAUGAGAAAAAAAAGUUGUACGAGUUACACAUCCAAGCCUCCGAUCUUGGCCCGAAUUCUGUUUCAUCUAUCUGUCGGGCUGUUGUAGACAUAAUUGAUGUAAAUGAUAACAUGCCAGAGAUUACCAUUAAGCCCAUGACCUCCACGAGUGACGGGGUGGCCUUCAUUACCGAGGCGGCAGCUGAAGAAAGUUUCGUGGCCCUGAUCAGCACCUCAGACAAGGACUCUGGCUCCAACGGUUACGUCCGGACUACUUUACAAGGACACGAUCAUUUUAAACUGCAACAAGCAUAUAGCAACACAUUUAUGAUCGUGACCACGACAACCUUGGAUAGAGAAACAAUUUCAGAGUACAACCUCACAGUGAUCUCCGAAGAUUUGGGGACGCCACCCUUUAAAACCAUCAAGCGAUAUACGAUACGCAUCACCGAUGAGAACGACAAUGCGCCGAUGUUUAGUAAAGACGUUUACGAUGUAUCUGUAGUAGAAAACAACAUUCCGGGUUCAUACAUAACUAGCAUUGUCGCGCAGGAUCUUGACAUUGGAAAAAACGGAAAGGUGUCAUACAGUCUUGUUGACAGUAAAGCACCGGAUGGUUCACCGAUAUCGACGUUUGUGUCAGUAGACCCUCUAUCGGGGUCUUUGUACUCGUUGCGAUCGUUUAAUUUUGAAGUGCUAAAAGAAGUUGAGUUCACUGUCAAAGCCAAAGACAAAGGCUCUCCACCUCUCUCCAGCACUACUUUAAUAAAAGUCCACGUGGUGGAUGAGAACGAUAACUAUCCCUAUAUCACAUAUCCAGUGUUAAGGAAUAAUUCAGCCGAUAUCCCGAUACCCCUCAACGCUCAAGGUGGAUAUCUAGCUUUACGAGUGACCGCUCGGGAUGAAGACGUUGGGGCCAACAGUGAACUUAGUUUUCACAUCAUACAGGGUGACCCACAACUCUUUGCCAUUAAUAAAAAGACUGGUGAAAUUGUUUUGAAACAGAGUCUCACGGCUUCCUGUGGGGACGUCCUGCAAAUUGAGGUUUCUGUGGUGGAUAACGGUAGAGAGCCCCUGUAUAGCACCGCAACAGUUCGCUUUGUGGUGACAGACACCAGAUCCCAAGAGGACCAGGUGAUUAUUUUACUGCGAUCUAAAGAGGAGGAGAAUCUAAACUUUGAUGUCUGGACAGUGAUUACAGUUGCGUUCUCCGGGGGCUGCGCGCUUUUGCUGGUAGCGAUUUCCAUCCUCACUGUAACCUGCCAAAUUCGUCGCAGGCGAAGAAACAUUGGCAGAGAUGGCCUGUAUGUCAACCCCCUUUCCAAGAACAACACUGCCACGUCAAAUGUAUAUGGUGGCCCUAAUGGCUUCCUUGGCAAUGAAGGAGGAUCAAUGCACCACUGCCUUUACGAAGACAAGAGCUUGGACUUUGAGGAAAAGUUAUUCCUGCCAUGCAAGCCCUUCGAACAAACAUUUCUACGGCAAGAUGAAAAGUACUGUCUACAAAGGAGUGGCACCAGCAUCACAGACCAGCUGAGCGUGAAGGACAGUGGAAAAGGAGACAGUGAUUUCAAUGACAGUGACUCUGACACCAGUGGAUCAGCUCUGAAGAGAGGCCUGAUAACAUUCCAACCAUUGGCGAGAAGUUCAUUCAACUCCGCAGAGGACUGGAAGGGUAAACAGCACGUUACACCCACACAAAACAUGCAUGUCCCUCCUGGGAGCGCCUACACAACUGGCUUUUCCCCAGCACCAAUUUACAAUACAACCCAUAUUAAUGCUCAUACAUGGAAAGAAAGCCAUGAUGACACGUUGAAAUCAAGCCGCCAUUUGCAGACAUUCUCAAGGACAGCAGCUCUGCCUUCAUACUCCACCCAUCAGAUGAGGGGAAUUAUUACCACAGUUGAAGAGCAAACUGAAACUCUCAGGGAUGCGUUGCAGGUCACAGCUGCAUCUGAAGUUGCUACUACCUUUUAA